GCGCGGCGCGAGAGCUGGACACGGUGCGCGCUUCUAUCAUUUAGAGUGGACCAUAAAAGAAGAAUUUAUAGAUUCUUUUUUUUUUUUAUUUUUGUAACAACUACAGUGUUUUGGGGGGCUCGAACCUGCAACUUAAUCAUAAUUAAUUCUUCGGAGGCUGUGGGAGCAGAGCGACUCACAAUCAUCCCGGGACCGGAGAGCACCGAGAGCUCCUCGCGCAAAGGGAAUAAUUAGUAGCCCAGUGUGUGACAUCGGUGCCAGACCCGAGAAAAGACUGUGGAGCCGAGAGGACAAGUGACGGAGCCUGUGAAGUUUUGUGUCAGCCGGCUUUUUGAAGCACCGGGGGGAAAGUGUUGUGGAGGUUAGCCCCUCUUCAAUGCGUCGCUUCGCUGUGUCUACUGAUGGACUCUGCACGGUGAAAUUUGGAAUAGCCUUACCCGGUUUUCAUCACUUAUAGACGAUAUCUCUGGCCGAAAUGCUGCCCUGCAUCAUUUUCAUCGGCUUGUUUCUCACCACAGCCCGAUCCCAAGAUAUCCAUCCCUCACAGGCAUCAUCCUCUAUUAGUGAGUCUUGUGACUCGUUGUGCUCCUGUGAGGGGAAAGAUGGUAUCCUUCAUCUUAACUGUGAGCAGAGAAACAUCAGCAAAAUCUCUCAAAUCAAAGUCCCGUCAGGUGUGCCCUUUCACCUGAACCUUUACAAAAAUGACUUGGUUGAGCUGCGCGCGGAGGAAAUGGAAGGGCUUAAGAAUGCCCUCUCGCUGCACAUCGGGGGUAAUAGCAUACAAGAGCUGGAACCAGGGGUCUUUAGCACUCUCAGUUCGCUGAAAAAACUCCACAUAAAUAGCAAUUUCCUCGUCACUCUGAAAGAGGACACUUUUCAAGGCCUGGUGAAUUUGGAGUUCCUCCAAGCUGACACGAAUUUCAUUCGGGUCAUCGAGCCCGGGGCCUUCAACAAACUGAUCCGCCUCAAGGUCCUCAUCCUCAAUGAUAAUUCCAUCGAAUUUUUACCCAACAACAUUUUUCGGUUCGUGCCCCUCACCCACCUGGACUUGCGUGGCAACAAGCUUCAAACGCUGCCCUAUGUGGGGUUUUUGGAGCACAUCGGGCGGAUAAUGGAACUCCUCCUGGAGGACAAUGUGUGGGUGUGCGACUGUGAUAUUUUACAUUUAAAAAUCUGGAUGGAAAACAUGAGGGCGCAGUCAGCAAUUGGGGACGUGGUGUGCAGCACGCCACAUCACCUUAAAGGGACCAUUCUGGCUAAAGUCAAGCGGGACAUUCUGUGCCCGUCCCACGCAGAUAUUAACCUGGAGGAGCCGUCAAAGUCACUGGAUAUGGUUGUGACUCCCUCAUCCAAAGUGUCUCAGAGUCCCAAGUUGAUUGAUGCCAAAGAUGACGCCAAGGUACCGACGCCAUCUCACCUUCCCGGCAGUCCUUGUGUGGAGCACUGUUCUUGUCACAAUCACCCUGUGGCUGGCUUUUUGAUGCAUUGUCAGGACAGAGGAAUUCAAAAGGUAUCAGAUAUCGGAAUACUUCAACAAAACCCCACUAAACUGGUCAUGACAGGAAAUAUGAUCCAGAAACUCUUGAAGUAUGAUUUUGUCACAUAUGACAGUUUAGAACUCCUCAACCUGGCAAACAACAGAAUUGAUUACAUAGAUAAUGAAACUUUUCUCAGCUUGAGCAGUUUGAAAAAGCUGUAUUUGAACGGCAACCGCAUCGAAAAACUGUUCUCCACAAUGUUUGUGGGGCUCCACAACCUUGAAUACCUGUAUCUGGAAUACAACCUUAUCAAAGAGAUUGCUCCAGGCACAUUUAAUCCCCUGCCAAACCUGAAGCUGUUGUCAUUAAAUAACAACCUGCUCAGCUCUCUUCCUGCGCAGAUAUUCCGCAAUGUGCCCCUCACCAAAUUAAACCUGAGGAAAAAUCUACUUAUGCACCUGCCAGUGAGCAACGUGCUUGAUCAACUCGACUCGCUGGAGCAGAUUUAUUUAGAGGACAACCCCUGGGACUGCAGCUGUGACUUGCUCAGCCUCAAACAAUGGGUGGAGAAACUCAGAAAGGACACAGUGGUGGGCUCCAUUUUGUGUGUCACACCAAAGAAAGUGAUGCAGGACGAACUGAGAAACCUUCGUCAUGAGGUGCUAUGUCCCGGGUUAGGCACCUACUACCCGAUGUCCCCAGAUGGAGAGGAGAGUGUGACUGCGACACUUGGGCCUGACAACGGUGGCAAAGGUUUGCUCAGCUCGCUCACAGACACUGUCCCACUCUCUGUCCUCAUCUUAAGCCUCCUCAUGUUUGUCCUCAUGAUUAUAUUCUGCUCAGCCGGAUUGGUAGUGUUUGUGGUGCACCGGCGGCGGAGAAGGGCAAAGAAAAAAGCAGCCGAGGAGCAGCCGAGAGAAAACAACAGCAGCAGUCCCAUUCACUUGCACUACAGCAUGUAUGGGCAGAAAACAACACACCACACUCUGACACAAAGAACAGGGUCCUCGACUCUGUACGAAGAGCGAUCGCACAGUCCGAUUGUUCAGAUCUGCCGCAACCCCACCUACUGCUCCCAGCACAAGGAGCACGACACAGAUUUGGAUUACGGCCUCGAUGACCCCAGCAACAAGCAUCACGUCUGCCGGAGUAUCAUGGAGAAGGAGAACACCUCUCCGCUGACAGGAAACCCCAGCUCAAAGUUCCGUCCCAUGACAGGAGAGUGCCCCGCGGAGUUCGUCACACUCGGAAACCCCAACUCCCUGUACAGGAACAUUCUGGAGCGGGAGAAGGAGCUGCAGCAGCUCGGAAUAACCGAGUACCUUCGGAAAAACAUGCCCCAGCUUCAGCCUGCUGUGGACAUGCAGGUCCCGGGGCACCAGGAGGAGUUAAAGCUAAUGGAGACAAUUAUGUACUCAAGACCACGCAAGGUCAUGCUUGAGCAAACUAAGAACGAGUACUUUGAACUUAAGGCUAACCUGCAUACUGAGCCGGACUAUUUAGAGGUUCUGGAGCAUCAAACUGCAUUUAACUGAGCUUACACAGAAAAAUAUAUAUACAUUAUGUUUUCAACCAAGUGCCUUGUCCUGUUUGCCCUUCUGUACUUUCCACAGUGUGAAAUAUAUAUCAUGGGCACAUUGCUUUAAGUUUAAUUGUAGCACAGAAUGUAACUGGUUUAGUUUUUGUUACCUUUUAUCUGUUGACUGGUCGGGGUGGUAAUCGCUAGUUUAAUCACGAUAGGAUCUAUCGAUUCUUUUGACCACGAUAUGAUGUGACAUCACAAAGUCUAUCACAAUACGAUUUUGAUUUUAAUUCAGGGGCCUGCAAUCGAUAUGAGAUAAUAUCAUGUAAUCAUUCGUCAGUUACAGAAAAAGCUGCCACUUCUUUUUUAGCUUUUGGCCAUAAAAGAAAAAGAAAAACAUAAUCAAUAAUUGUAUCUGGUUAAGUGCAGUACAGUCAACUUAAAAUUGACCCUACUAACAAGAACAUUUACCUAAAGUAUAAAAUUCUGCUCAAUAACAACUGUCAGGGUUUAAAGUUUUGGUUUUUUUUUUUGUUUGUUUUUUUUUGCCAGUCGCCACAUAGUAAAAUCUGACAAACUGAUCUUUCCUCAAACAAUUUCAGAAAAUGAUUGCCUUAAAAAAAUAAAGUAAAUAUAACUAUUAAUCUUAAUUUGCGUUUACUUUAUAUACAAAUAAGUUUACUGUGUACUUUUGCUGUGAUUACUUCAUUUUGUGAAGUUGUUGCAACAUAAAAAUGACAAGUGAAAUUACCUUCUUUCAUAAGUGUUCGCAACUUCAGUAAAACAAGUUAAUCUGACUUAACUUUAUCACAACAAGGAGGAUUUCUUCACUAAUGAAGCUGGCAGAUCUGUGAGUUCUAUUUUCUUAACAUGUUAAGACAAUACAGAUAUGAUUGAUUAGUUUGCAACCAGCAGAUUACAGAUAUAUAGCACAGUAAACUUGGUUUACUUAAGUUGCUAAAACUUAGAGAAAUCAAUUUAAUGAAACUUGUCAAUUUAAAGUUGCAACAAAGGUCACAAAAUUAAAUAAAUAUAACUAAAC